CCAGAGACAGCGAUGUUUGACGAGAGACUCGAUCAGUGGCAUCCACCGUUGUUCAGUUCGCGUCGAACCGGACAGAAAUGGAUACAACCGAGCAAGGCGCCGCUUUGUCUCGCAACCACCCCCUUGCCCUCCGAUACAAUGCAUCUUCGAGCCGCACCGGCCGCAUCAAAGCCUCAGUCCGGGCCGUCACAAUCGAUCAUCGUGCGCUCUCUCCCCAUCAGCUUUGGACGCACGCACCUACGGCAAAGAAUCAACAGAAAAAAAGAGAGAGCACUGGAGAUCGUGGAAGUCAAAGAAGAGGAGGUCGAUGAAAAGCCCAGGGAGAGGCACGCUGUAAACAAGGAGAAUGUAGCCGCCGGACCCAGCAAGUACGACGAUGAAGAGCGUGUCCCUGAGGUACCCAGGCCUAAGCGCAGUAGGCGCAGCCCACUCCGCCCGCCAUUCCGCCACCCGUCUCGCCAUGUGGAGAACUGUGACCGACUCCGCGCGGCAGGUGCUGCCAAUGUGCCGACAGCUGCGCCAGCCGCGGUCGUUGCUCCGCCUGCCCCUGUGCAAGCCGCGCCCGUCGCUACGCCAAUGCCUGUCAUCGUCGCGCUGGCCGCGCAGCCGGCUCAAGGUGCUUUGUGCUUUCGUCGCCAUACCACCUCCUCCCGCCGCACCAGCUCCGCCCGCGCCUACCUACCUCCCGCCAAUCGCCCAGGUACUCGCUGAUCUCCCUAACCCGCCGCACAACAUCGUGUUGCCUCCCAUCGUCGCACACUAGCUGGCGACAGCGCGGAACCCCAGGAUGCAGCCGGGCUUCAUCAUGAUGUAGCGACCCAUGGCCUUUUAUCCAAUAUAGCGUAGAGAAAUAGUUCUGAACUGGUCUUGAAAUGUGCAAAGUAGUUAGCCCUCGUCUAUCGAUUCUUUGUUGCGUACCUCUGGGCGACUAGUCUUGAACUGGGUGUGAGUGGGAGCCGAGACAACACUAGCUUGUCGUUGUCGUCUGUGUCAUCGCGGAGGAAAGUGGUGACUCCCGUCAGAGCCAGGUAUAUGGAGGGAGAGUGAGAGAUCUGGAGAGAUGCAG